AUGUCCUCAGCAACUUCCACCACCUCUUUGCCCAGUGGCCUGCACGUCCUGACAACUUUCCCAGAUGUGCUCUUCAUUCCUGAAAUCAUCUUUGGGGGCCUUGUCUGGAUCCUGGUGGCAUCCUCGAAGGUCCCAUACCCUAUCCUGCAAGGCUGGGUGAUGUUUGUGUCUGUGUCCUGCUUCGUCAUGUCCACCACUCUCCUGUGCCUCUACAUCUGCGGGGCGCAUGGGGGCAGCAGUUCCUGGGUCACCCUGGAUGUCAUCUGCCAGGAGACAGCAGCUCUGUUCUACCUCAGUGCUGCUGUGUUGGAAGCCUACUUCACCUACAGCAUCAGCUCAUUGUCUACCGACAUCCUGAUUGUCUACCGGGAGAACAUUUCUGCUGUGGUAUUCGCAUUUUUAGCUACCCUGGUGUAUGUGGUCCAUAAGGUGUUCUCGCUGCGGCGGUGGAAAUCAUCCUAA